CAAGCACGAUAAUGGCUUCAAUUCUCCCCCGCCUUCGUCUGGGCUCGAUCGCUCCGAACUUCCAGGCAAAGACCACCCAUGGCGACAUCGACUUCCACAAAUGGCUAAAUGGAUCGUGGGCUAUCCUCUUCUCACAUCCUGCCGACUUCACGCCGGUUUGCACGACGGAGCUCGGCGCGUUCGCGAAGCUCAAGGAUGAAUUCGACAAGCGCGGAGUGAAGAUGAUUGGCCUCAGCGCCAAUGAGCUUGGCUCGCACGACCAGUGGAUCUCUGAUAUCAACGAGGUGUGCAGCACGAACGUGCAGUUCCCCAUCAUCGCCGACGCCGACCGCAAAGUCGCCUGGCUCUACGACAUGAUCUCGCAAGACGACCUGGACAAAUUGGCCAAGGAGGGAGGGAUUGCCUUCACGAUUCGCUCCGUCUACGUGAUAGAUCCGGACAAGAAGAUUAGGCUGACAAUGCUGUAUCCCGCCAGCACGGGGAGGAAUACGGCCGAGGUGCUGAGGGUCAUUGAUAGCUUGCAGACGGGUGAUAAGGAGGGAGUCGUCACGCCAAUCGACUGGACAGCGGGCCAGGACGUCAUCGUGCCGCCGUCUGUGUCGACAGAGGAUGCGAGGAAGAAGUUCGGCGAGGUGAAGGAGGUCAAGCCGUAUCUGCGCUUCACGAACGUCGGCAAGUAGGCGUAGUCGACGCAUGUAGGAUAGGGCGUAUCUAGACUGAGCCAAGACAGCUCAUGUUCCGGUGUCUCUCGCUAGGCUCGAGUAGCGU